AUGGCCGCAGACAGACCUCGACGUGCCCUCCCCGCUUCUGCGCCGGCACCUGAUAGACCAAAAAAGGAAGUCAAGCCUAAAGUUGGCAAAAAGCCUGCCGAAAAGAAUGUCGAAAAGCCUGUCGAGAAUCUUGCCGAUCCAGACACUGAAGCCAAUCAAAAGGACGAGUCUCCAACGAAGAAACCUAGAGGUAGAACUAGGAAGGCCCAGCAAGCGGUCAAGCAAGCAGUCGAGCCGGAGGCUAAGAAAGAGCCUGAGAGGAAGAUUGAGAAAGAUGUUGAUGAGGAGGAAGAUACGGAUGCAGAAACCCCAGCAGCCGCAGCAGCGAAACGCCAACCCCGACGUGGAAAAACCCAACCUCAGGGCUUGGACAUCGGAAAGGUGGAGUUGGCCGCAGGCGCAAAGAGCGGCAACGCAGAGGAGGCUCCAGCCAAAAGGCCUAGUCGCAAGACGCAGGCCAAGCCAACUCUUAGACCUGACGCGCAUCUUCAACCAUUUGAAGCAGUCCCGGAGAGUUCGACUCAUGUUCCGGAGUCUGCAGCCGUCCCCGAACGAAAAGGAGGCAUCAUCAAGACGGAUCUACGCUGUCCCUUCGUUGUCCCAAGCGACCCGUGCUUCGAUGUCAAAUCGUUCGGUCAUCAGACGGUUGUAAAUGAUAUAGUCGGACAGGAGUGCAAAACCGUCCAGUGCUCUCACAGUGAUGCGCUCAAGCAGUACCAAAAGCAAGCAGACUUCUCCGGCGCAAAAGCAGCGUUUAUUCGUACCCACGUCUUCGCACACCUUCAGAAGAUUGUGGAGGCAGAGAACAAGAAACAUAAAGGCCUCCAGCGAUCGCUGCCGCAGUUGGCUGAUGAGUUGGUAACGUAUCUCCGCGAAGAGAAGCGGUAUACCGAGUGGGGAUCAGAGUCAGGUACGUCCAGAGAGUGGCUGGAUUGCGCCGAGUGGGUUAGGGAGGCGGCGCUGGUGGGCUUGAUUCACAGAGAGGACGAUGGCUGCGAGUGCUUUAAGAUUGAAAUUCUGGAGAGGUGGGUCUAUCCGUGGCUGAUGAUGUAGUCGUCGUCGAUUGAAUUCUGGAUCCCAUCCGUCCAUUGCGGCAAUUCCUGCGGAAACGUAGAUGAAUUGGCGAAGUUCUGAGUAUAGGGGGUUGUUUGUCUCCUACUAUUAGAGGUCAAUGCAUGUUUGCUUUUUCAGGGUC